AUGAUUACUGCAGUUUCAUGGAUACCAAAAGGUGCUCUUAAAUCUGUUCCUAAUGUUGCUGAACCACCUUCAAAGGAAGAAAUCAAAGAGCUUAUUGAGAGUGGAGCUUUUGCAAGAAGUGUGGAUGGUAGUCAUGAGGAUGAAGAAGAGGUAGAAGAAGAUGGAAAUCAGAUUAGUGAAGUUGAUCAUGCUAAGGCUGUUGCAGAAGCUUUUGGUAAAUCUUCGAAAAGCAAGACUUCGACUUCGAUGGAGGUCGAUGAGGUAGCUGAAGGCUUGAAAGAACUCGAUAUGGAUAAUUACGAUGAAGAGGAUGAUGGGAUUGAACUAUUUAGCUCUGGCCUUGGGGACCUUUAUUAUCCGAGUAAUGAGAUGGAUCCAUAUCUGAAGGAUGUUGCUCCAACGGAUUCAGUGAUUAUAUGCGCUAGGAAUGAAGAUGAAAUCAGCCAUCUAGAGAUUUAUGUAUACGAGGAAGCGAAUGGAUCUCCAAACAUGUAUGUUCAUCAUCACAUAAUUAUACCGGAAUUUCCAUUGUGUACUGCAUGGAUGGAUUGCCCUCUUAAAGGAGGGGAGAAAGGGAAUUUUGUAGCUAUUGGUUCGAAGGAUACUCCUACAAUAGAGAUUUGGGAUCUUGACGUUAGGGAUGAGGUGCUACCUUGUGUACAACUUGGAGGAAAAGAGGAGACUAAGAUGAGUAAGAAAAAGAUGAGUAAGAAAGAGAAGACUAAGAAACAGAAAUACAAAGAAGGUAGCCACACAGAUUCAGUACUGGGUCUUGCUUGGAACAAGGAGUUUCGGAAUAUACUUGCUAGUGCUAGUGCCGACAAAACAGUUAAGGUUUGGGAUGUGGCUACUGGAACAUGUAAAAUUACUAUGGAGCAUCACACAAAAGAGGUUCAAGCGGUUGCCUGGAACCAUUAUUCACCAGAAGUGAUUCUCAGUGGCUCGUUUGAUCAAACUGUUGUGUUGAAAGACGUAAGAAAGCCUUCGCACUCGGGUUUCAAAUGGUCUGUCAUGUCUGAUGUCGAAAGCUUAGCCUGGGAUCCCCACAGUGAACACUCCUUUGUGGUAAGUCUAGAGGAUGGAACCGUCAAAGGUUUUGAUAUACGCACCGCAGAGUCAGGCUCAGAUGCUGAAUUAAAACCAAGUUUCACUCUCCAAGCACAUGACCAAGACAAAGGAGUCUCCUCCAUCUCAUACAACAUUUCUGCACCCAAUCUUUUGGCUACUGGAUCUAUGGAUAAAACGGUAAAACUUUGGGAUCUUACAAACAACGAGCCUUCGUGUAUUGCUAUACACAAACCAAAAGCUGGAGCUGUAUUCUCCAUAUCCUUCUCAGCAGACAACCCGUUCUUGCUCGCCAUUGGUGGUUCAAAGGGAGAGCUACAUGUUUGGGAUACACUAUUGGAUGCUACCGUCGCUCGCAGAUUCGGGAGCAGUCAAUCGUGA